UAUUAUUAUGAAUUGAUACUCUUCUGGGCACAAAGCUGCUUCAUUGUGUCGAAACUGACUUUAUCGAGUAUUGCGCCUUCUGAUCAACUCACACCCCUGCAGCCUUUGUCCUCAUUCCUGACCAAAGCCUCUCCAACGUUAUAUGGUCAUCCCUUUGCUGAAAAUCGAACUAUUCGACAGUUAUAUCAUAUUGCCAUGGCCAUCUCGGAAAAU